GCAGCGCUUGAUUUCAUACGGUGGUAAAAACGGCGAACUGUUUCUCAACUCGCGUGACGUUGGCCCGGUGGAAACGUUCAACGCCUCCUCUGGUGCGUUUAACCGGACGACUUUAUGCUUAAUUUCGGCUUGAGAAGAUUGUAGGUUUCUGUGACUUAAUUGUGUGUCUACUCGACCCCGUUUCGGAGGUUACCUGCUCCUCAGGGUGCUGUAGUCAAAAGCCAGACAGCUGAGAAUCACGUGACAUGACGUGUAACCAGCAUGGCGGCGCUGAGCUGAGAUAGCAACUCUACCGGACUGACACCGAUAGCCUGGCUUUCGUUAGCUUUCCUUGUCACCUGCUUGUACGCGGGGCCAGGCCGAGGAUGACGGCCUGAGAGAGGAACGGCAGCAAGACCGAGAGAUGCAGCAACAACCACACCGACCACCGCAGCAGCAGCAACAACACUACUCGCAGUCGAAGGCAGAAAACAGUAAAACCAAGAGCAUGUUUCUGUCCAGGGCGCUGGAGAAAAUCCUCUCGGAUAAGGAGGUGAAGAGGAGCCAGCACAGCCAGCUGCGCAAAGCCUGUCAAGUAGCGCUCGAUGAAAUCAAGGCAGAGCUUGAAAAACAAAAGGAUGGUACAGUGGUCCCACCCAGGGCCAACUACAUCGAGGCUGACAAAUAUGUGUUGCCCUUCGAGUUGGCCUGUCAGUCAAAGUCCCCCAGGAUAGUUAGUACCUCCUUGGACUGUCUACAGAAGUUGAUUGCUUACGGCCACAUCACAGGCAAUGCCCCGGACAGCAGAACCCCAGGCAAAAGGCUGAUCGACCGGCUGGUGGAAACCAUCUGCAACUGCUUCCAGGGCCCGCAGACUGAUGAGGGAGUCCAGCUACAGAUCAUUAAGGCCCUUCUGACUGCAGUGACCUCCCCGCACAUAGAGAUUCACGAGGGAACAGUGCUCCUCACCGUCAGGACCUGCUACAACAUCUACCUGGCCAGUCGCAACCUCAUCAACCAGACCACCGCUAAGGCCACACUCACACAGAUGCUCAACGUUAUCUUCACACGCAUGGAAAACCAGGCUGCUCUGGAGGCUCAGGAGCAAGAGAAGGAGCGGCUGCGACCUCCACAGCAGAACCCAUCUCCAGUCCCAGGUACCCGGAGGUCUGGCUCCCCCUGGUCUGACCGGGCGCCCACACCAGAGCCUCAAAGCUCCCCAUCUCCGGCAGCCAGUACUCCAGACCUCACUACCACCAACACCACCAGCUCCACACCCCCACCGUCAGCCCCUGACCAGGACCAGGACCAACCACCAGACACACCAUCAAUCAAUGGAGAACCUGAGGCCGGCAGUGCUCCAAUGAAUGGAGGAGCAGAGCAGGUCACACCAUCAGCAGUCUUUGAAGAUGAAGGUGCAGAGAUGCCUCCUACAGCAUUGCAGCCAGCUGAGGAGGGAAACAAACCAGAGGGUGAUCCAAAUCCAGCAGAGACAACUGGGGGAGAGGAGGCAGAGCAGCGGCCAACACAGAUACACAGCGGAACAGGAGGUGAGCACCCAGCCCACCCUGAGCAGACAGAGGUGGCUCCCCCCAGAGUCAGAACAGAGGGCCAGCAGAUGAACGGCAUCAUUGAGGACCGCUCCUCUGUUUCCUCCACAGAUAUGUUGGAUGCUGAGGCCUUGCAGGGACCCCACAAUGCUGCCCGAUUCUCUCACAUUCUGCAGAAAGACGCCUUUCUGGUGUUCCGCUCGCUGUGCAAACUCUCCAUGAAGCCCCUUGCUGAUGGACCACCAGACCCAAAGUCCCAUGAGUUGCGGUCCAAGAUUGUUUCCCUGCAGCUGCUGCUCUCUGUGCUGCAGGGCGCCGGGCCAGUGUUUCGCACUCAUGAGAUGUUCGUCAAUGCCAUCAAACAGUAUUUGUGCGUGGCGCUUUCCAAAAAUGGUGUCUCCUCUGUGCCUGAGGUCUUCGAGCUCUCCCUGGCUAUCUUCCUCACCCUCCUCUCCCACUUCAAGGUCCACCUGAAGAUGCAGAUUGAGGUGUUUUUUCGGGAGAUUUUUCUGACCAUCCUGGAGACGUCGACCAGCUCAUUUGAGCACAAGUGGAUGGUGAUCCAGACUCUAACACGUAUCUGUGCAGAUGCCCAGUGUGUGGUUGACAUCUAUGUAAACUACGACUGUGACUUGAAUGCUGCAAACAUCUUUGAGCGUCUUGUCAAUGACCUGUCUAAGAUUGCUCAGGGCAGGAGCGGCCAGGAGCUUGGGAUGACUCCUCUGCAGGAGCUGAGUCUACGUAAAAAGGGUUUGGAGUGUCUGGUUUCUAUCCUGAAAUGUAUGGUGGAGUGGAGCAAAGACAUGUAUGUCAAUCCAAACCUUCAAGCUAACCUGGGCCAGGAGCAUCCGUCUGAUAGUGAGGGAGGAGAGUUGAAGCUCCCGGAGCAGCUGGUUGGACGUCGGGACAGCAUCAGCUCACUGGACUCCACGGUCUCCUCCAGCAUCGCGGUUUCUCAGGCGGACCAUCCGGAGCAGUAUGAGGUCAUCAAACAGCAGAAGGACAUCAUUGAGCACGGCAUCGAACUCUUCAACAAAAAGCCAAAGCGAGGUAUCCAGUACCUGCAGGACCAGGGCAUGCUGGGAUCUACGGCCGAGGACAUCGCCCAGUUCCUGCACCAGGAGGACAGACUGGACACGACUCAGGUGGGAGAGUUCCUGGGUGAGAACAUCAAGUUCAACAAAGAAGUGAUGUACUGCUAUGUGGACCAGCUGGACUUCUGCGGGCGGGACUUUGUCUCGGCUCUCAGAGCAUUUCUGGAAGGCUUCAGGCUGCCUGGUGAGGCCCAGAAGAUUGACAGGCUGAUGGAGAAGUUUGCUGCUCGAUACCUGGAGUGUAAUCAGGGACAGACUCUGUUUGCCAGUGCAGACACUGCCUAUGUGCUGGCAUACUCCAUUAUUAUGCUAACCACAGAUCUGCACAGUCCUCAGGUGAAGAACAAGAUGACAAAGGAGCAAUACAUUAAGAUGAACCGUGGUAUUAACGACAGUAAAGAUCUGCCUGAAGAGUAUCUAUCCUCCAUAUACGAUGAGAUCGCAGGCAAGAAGAUUGCCAUGAAGGAGAGCAAAGAGUUUUCAAUCACCCCAAAAUCCACCAAGCAGAGUGUGGCCAGCGAGAAGCAGCGUCGUCUGCUGUACAACAUGGAGAUGGAGCAGAUGGCAAAGACCGCUAAAGCUUUAAUGGAGGCCGUCAGCCACGCUCAGGCCCCCUUCUUCAGUGCUACGCACCUGGAGCAUGUCAGGCCCAUGUUCAAGUUGGCGUGGACCCCCCUGCUGGCAGCGUUCAGUGUAGGACUGCAAGACUGUGACGACCCAGAGGUGGCCUCACUGUGUCUGGAGGGCAUUCGCUGUGCCAUCAGGAUCGCCUGCAUCUUCAACAUGCAGUUGGAGCGAGAUGCGUAUGUGCAGGCUUUGGCCAGAUUCACCCUGCUGACAGCCAGUUCCAGCAUCACAGAGAUGAAGCAGAAGAACAUAGACACCAUCAAGACUCUGAUCACUGUAGCUCACACAGACGGAAACUACCUGGGCAACUCCUGGCAUGAGAUCCUGAGGUGUAUCAGUCAGCUGGAGCUUGCCCAGUUGAUCGGCACAGGAGUAAAGACACGCUACAUCUCAGGGGUGGUCCGGGACAAAGAAGGCGGUAUCAAAGGCUUACCCUCUGGCACAGAGGAGUUCAUGCCCCUGGGGCUCGGUAACCUGGUGGGAAGUCAGGACAAGAGACAGAUGGCUCAUAUACAGGAGUCAGUAGGAGAGACCAGCUCUCAGAGUGUGGUGGUAGCUGUGGACAGGAUCUUUACUGGUUCUACCAGACUAGAUGGAAAUGCAAUUGUGGACUUUGUGCGAUGGUUGUGUGCCGUGUCUAUGGAUGAGUUGGCCUCAGCACACCAGCCGAGGAUGUUCAGCUUGCAAAAGAUUGUGGAAAUUUCCUACUACAACAUGAACCGCAUCAGGCUGCAGUGGUCUCGAAUUUGGCAGGUCAUAGGAGACCACUUCAACAAGGUGGGCUGUAACCCUAAUGAGGAUGUAGCCAUUUUUGCUGUGGACUCACUGAGACAGCUCUCCAUGAAGUUCUUGGAGAAAGGAGAGCUGGCCAAUUUCCGCUUCCAGAAAGACUUCCUCAGGCCAUUUGAGCACAUCAUGAAGAAGAACAGGUCGCCCACUAUCAGAGACAUGGUGAUCAGGUGUGUCGCUCAGAUGGUAAACUCCCAAGCAGCAAACAUCCGUUCAGGUUGGAAGAACAUCUUCUCAGUGUUUCACCAGGCAGCUUCCGACCAUGAUGAGACUAUAGUGGAGCUGGCCUUCCAGACCACUGGGCACAUUGUCAUGAACACUUUCCAGGAGCACUUUGCAGCUGCUAUAGAUUCGUUCCAAGAUGCAGUGAAGUGCUUGUCAGAGUUUGUGUGCAACGCAGCUUUUCCUGACACCAGCAUGGAGGCUAUCAGGCUCAUACGGCACUGUGCUAAAUACGUCUCAGAUAGGCCACAGGCUCUGAGGGAAUACACCAGUGAUGACAUGAAUGUUGCCCCAGGUGAUCGGGUGUGGGUUCGUGGUUGGUUUCCCAUUCUGUUCGAGCUCUCUUGUAUCAUCAACCGCUGCAAACUGGAUGUCCGAACCAGAGGUCUCACAGUCAUGUUUGAGAUUAUGAAGAGUUAUGGCCACACCUUCGAGAAGCACUGGUGGCACGACCUCUUCAGAAUCGUCUUCCGCAUCUUUGACAACAUGAAGCUCCCUGAGCAGCAGACAGAGAAAACUGAGUGGAUGACGACAACAUGUAACCAUGCACUGUAUGCCAUCUGUGACGUGUUCACACAGUUUUAUGAGCCUCUCAGUGAAAUCCUGCUGGUUGACAUUUUCACACAGCUACAGUGGUGUGUCAGGCAAGACAACGAGCAGCUGGCUAGGUCGGGAACGAACUGUCUGGAGAACCUGGUAAUUCUGAACGGGGAGAAGUUCAGCCCCGAGGUCUGGAACAUCACCUGCUCCUGUAUGCUGGAGAUUUUCCAAAACACCAGCCCUCAUGCUUUGUUGACUUGGCGACCAGCUGGACAGGAUGAGGAAAUUGCUGAUGGCAAACAUUUUGAUGCUGAUUUUGACAGUCAGUCCCAGAGCAGCUACGACAGAGCUCUGUCAGAGAGAGGACACAGCCAGAUGUCCAGCGAUGACACCUGGAAGGGCAAGUCCAAUGCUAGAGUUUCAGACCAGAGGCUGUUUGCUGGGCUGUUGAUUAAAUGUGUGGUACAGCUUGAACUAAUCCAGACCAUAGACAACAUUGUCUUCUACCCAGCAACCAGCAAGAAGGAGGAUGCUGAGAACAUGGCUGCUGCACAGCGCGAUGCUCUGGAAGAGUCGGAGACUGAGGUGGGUGAGCUCGGUCCAGAUCAGGGUAUGUACAGACACAUGACCUCUGCACACCUCUUCAAACUGCUGGACUGUCUGCUGGAGUCACACACCUUCGCCAAGGACUUCAACUCCAACAAUGAACAAAGAACUGCACUCUGGAGGGCAGGCUUUAAAGGAAAAUCUAAGCCCAACUUGUUGAAGCAGGAAACCAGCAGCCUUGCCUGCAGUCUAAGGAUCUUGUUCAGGAUGUACUCUGACCCUCAGCUGCAGGACUCGUGGCCUGACAUCCAGACACGCCUGCUGCUGGUGUGUAGUGAAGCUCUGGCCUACUUCAUCAGUCUGACCUCAGAGAGCCACAGAGAGGCCUGGAACAGCCUGCUCAUGCUGCUGCUUACCAGGACAUUACGGCUGCCUGAUGACAAGUUCAAGCCCCAUGCUUCCUGCGGGCUGUCCUCAGGCGUUUCUUCCUGCGCAUCGGUUCCGUCUUCCACAUUGCUGCUCCUGAGGGGGCGCCCGCCCGGACUCCCGCAUCCUAGACUGGGUGUAUGCUGAAACGGAUGGAGAUGAUGGUGGACGUUGAGGAGUAGAUCAUAACACACACCCUCUCUCGGACUGGAACAGAUUACAGAGGGACAUCAGGAGGAAGAUGACUAAGACUGUAGCUUUUCUGUCUCAGUUCAGGACUUUGCAUUAAAGUGUUCAGCUUUUCUACUGCACUCAGCUCGUAGAGAAGUCUUUACCCUGUCCUUCCUCCCUUUUUUCCUCUCGGGGAUGAACAGCACUGUGACCAGCACUCUCUGCUGACUGUUGUCAUUCAUCAUCCCCCUGACUCAUCUCAAACUGUAAUGACUAGAAAAGAACUGCAAACAAAUAAUUUAUUGAUAUUGUUGCAAACCCUGUACCUGAUUUUCUUUUUUUUUAAUACUUAACAAAAAAGUAUAUCUACUGUACAUGCUGAAAGCAAAGGAACCAUACCAUUGAAUUUGAAGAACCUUAUAUUUGCCCUUUGCGAAAAUCUGUUUUGGCCACCUGUGCCUGUUAGAAAAUGAUGACACCAUCAGUGUCGACCUUAUUGUGAGUUUGGUGAUCUAAUCAAAAUAUGUUAUAAUAUCUGAACCCUCACGUAUCAGUACUCAUCCCAAAACAUUGUUUGUCACUUUAAUGAUUAUGUUCCCUCUUAUUUGUGUGUUAUUUGGUAGCAGGCUGUUGCAGUUGUUAAAGAGACUGAAACUCUCAGCUGCAUUUUACAACAAUCUCCAUCUCUUACAACACUAUCAAAGACCUAAUGCAGCAUUGUUUGGGACGUCUUUGCUCUCUGUGACAUAGCCGUCCUGUCAUCUGUGUCACUCUUGCCUGUCAUUGAGAUUUUACUUUAUUUAUUUAUCUCAUUUUCUUUAAUUUGUUUUAUGAUUAUUUUUCAGGAUAGUUGCUGGUUUACAAUGAAAGGUUGGUUGAAAGACUUGCUACUUCCCCCUGUCAUGCAUUCCCUCGUGUUGACCCACUAAGCCUUACACUGAAGGACUUAACAUGGAGUCAUCUCCACCCUGGCUUUAGAAUUACAGAUUGCUCAUAAAACCUUCCACUAAUCCAUCAGUUGGUCCAUUGAGGUGACACAGUGGUUUUCUGUUUCCCACACGCUUUUGCACAUCUGUUGCAGACAGUUUGCUCAUGUAUUACCACCACCCAGUGGACCACCCUGGUCUGGAUGGUUUGAAUGCCCAUCAGUGUUGUGUCAGAUUCAACAGUAGAGUUCAGCCACAGAAGGAUUUAGGAACAGAGCAAAACCAAAGCUCGCAUCUACAGAGAUACUGGAAUCUCUGCAUCCUGAAUCCUUUGUAGUGUAUUCCAUGCCUUUUUAAGAAGGAUGUAUGUAAUUAUUUAAAGUGCAUUUAAAUAUUUUUUGAGAAGCAUUCCUUCCCUUGCAACUAUGGAUGUCUACUUUUCUUCCCUAAAGCUAGGGAACAUAUAAAUAUAUAUAUAUACAGUAAAUGAAAAAAUGCAGACUGUAAAGUUUUCAAUGUAAGAUACAUAGAAAUGAAAGUGCUAUAUGGUUCUAUACAUAAUAUUGUGAUGUAAUCUUCCAAGCAUUUGGUGAAGUAAUCAAUAAACCUGAAUUCUGAUCCAC